GUCACUCUAUAUUGAAAAGUUUGGUUAUGUUGAAGUCUGUCUAAUAUUUGUAUGAAGUUUAUUGAUUUAUGAAAAGAAUGGCGGUUAUCCAUAUGUUAUCGUUGUCAAUUUUUUUUGUGCUACUAUUUACUUUUAAUUUAACAUGCUGUGAAGUAAAAAAGUUUCCACUUUUAAUGCCUAAUGUAUAUCCAGCUAGACCUGACUUAUACAUUUGCACACCCGUUCGAAUUGUUGAUGAUAAAACAUUUUAUAUAGUGGGAUUUGAACCCAAUGCUACAAUGCACGUUGCUCAUCAUAUGUUACUUUUUGGAUGUGGUCAUCCUGGAUCUAAUAAAGAAAUAUGGGAUUGUGGAGAAAUGUCAGCAGCUGACUCAUAUAGCACUUUGAAAAAGGCUCCCCCAUGCAGAGAUGGUAACCACGUUUUGUAUGCUUGGGCAAGAAAUGCAAAAUCAUUAACAUUACCAGAUGAUGUUGGUUUCCAAGUUGGAAAAGGAACUGGUAUACAGUAUUUGGUUCUGCAAGUUCAUUACACCAAACCAUUUCCAGAGGGACAGACUGAUAAUUCUGGAUUGUUUCUAAUGUAUACAGAAGAACCUCAGAGUAAACUAGCAGGAGUGCUGCUAUUAGGUGUAGGAGGAAUAAUUCCACCAAAAAGCCAAACUUAUAUGGAGACCGCCUGUGAAAUUGAAGAAAACAAAGUUAUACACCCCUUCGCAUACCGAACACAUACACAUACUUUGGGGAGAGUAGUUUCUGGAUAUAGAGUUACAAGAGAUGAAACUGGAGAAGAUCAUUGGUCUUUAUUGGGCAAACGGGAUCCUCUGACACCUCAGAUGUUCUACCCGAUAUUUGAUAGUACCCCAAUUAAAUAUGGAGAUCGUUUGGCUGCUAGAUGUACAAUGGAUAGUUCAAAUAGGAACAGAUAUACACAAGUUGGCCCUACUAAUAACGAUGAGAUGUGUAAUUUUUAUAUCAUGUACUAUGUGAAAAAUGAUACACCUUUAACUAGAAAAUAUUGUACCACCGUUGGACCUCCAUACUACAGAUGGGCUUUGGACAAAGAAAACGAUUUAAAUAAUAUUCCAGACGAAGAAGCAUCUACAUUGGACUAGAUUAUAAUUUAGACUGUUCACUAAGACUUCCCCUAAUCCUUUGAGAGAAUCUAAUUAGUAUUUUUAUAUAAUUUGAACGACACACAAAUGAGACAUUUCAUCAUAACAUAAUUUAGAGAAGAAGAGAAUAUCAGUCUAUAAUACCUGUCUUCUAAUCUUUCAUACUCCCAAAAGAAAGUACCUACUCUUGAAUGUUUAGCAUUUUCAACCAUGUAUUUUUUGUAUAAAUAAAUCCCAGCAGAUUUCCUCUACUCCUUAUUUCUUCCAUAUUUCCAAAUAGAAUAUUCAGUGUGCCUUUACUUUAUGUACGUGAAUUCCACAUAUGUGUAUAUGUGAUAGUUUUCCAGCUCUAAAUGAAUCUCAAUAAAUUUCUCAAAAUUUUUGGUUACUCUUCUUAUUACCAUAUAUUAUUAAUUUUUGUGUAUUCAUCAAGAUUUUUAUUUUUGUAUAAAGAAAAGGUACGUUGGAGUUUCUAAAGACAUGGAGUUGCUUUUGGUGUUGAUCUGAUUUGAUGUGAUAUAAACAUAUUUCAAGUUGUAGGUAAAACACUGCAAUGAUGACAAACUUUUAAUUCAAAUGGUGUCUGUUAUGUGUGUCAAAUAAUGAAUAAUAUCGACCAAUUAUUUAGUUACUUUGAAACUUUUCUGACUUUACUUACUGGAACUUUAUCUUUAAUGCUGAAGGCUCGAAGUCAAAAUAACACUUUUUAUCACAACCUGACAGUAUAAUUUUAGGACUUUCAAAACAAUUAAUGUAAUAAGUGUUAUAUAUAUAUAUAUAUAUAUAUAUAUAUAUAUAUAUAUAUAUAUAUAUAUAUAUAUAUAAUGGUCAAUUUAUCUACAAAUUUUAAAUAAUUAUUUAAAAAAGGAAAGAAAGUUAUAUCAGAAGUUUACUAUAUUAGCAUGUUUGAUUUAGUUUUAUUCUUUGAAAAUGGAUACUUUUACACAAUUCAAUAUAAAAUUUUAGCUCCAAUAACAGUUAUAAUUAUUAAAAAUAUAUUUUGUUUGUAGACACACAGAAUACACCACAUUCCAGUAUUCGCUAGCACUACUAAUUGCACACUACUAGAAUAGUAUGAAUUUAUAGUAGAAGUUCCAUCCAUUUUUGUAUUAAAAAAUGCUUAGUUUCAGUUAUUAGAAGGACUAAUGUAUUUUUUUCGACUAUUUGCUAUGAGAAACAUGUAAGAAAUAAAACCUGAACGACUAGAAUUCGCAAAACAUCAACCAAAAAAAUUUCAUAAUUACACUGUCUGAUGCGCAUUAUAAUAACAAAGUUAACAUCUUCAGAGUCUUCAAUUUACUCUCUAUCGCUGAAGACGAUAACUUGGUUAUCACAACGCGUGUCGAUAUUGUUGUAGUGGUAGUUAAUAGUCUGUUCAGUAUGAAUAUCACCCACGGUUCAAGUAAUUCAAACUCCUCCAAAUGCUAAUCAAAGGUAACAAAAGAAAAAACUUGCAAAGUAACAUAUACAUAUAAAAAAAACAGGUUUAUAACUGUUAGAAUAUAAACCGGGCGCUAUCAUUUAUUAGCAACUAGUCUGAGCAAUGUAUGUACCUAUAAUACAGAAUUCUGAUGGCAGUUUAUUCGCUAUCCAAUUAAAAAAUAUAAAUAAAUAACUGGAGGUCACUUAAUUCAAGUCAUACUUCAUUACAGAUUUUCUUUUCUAUAGAAAUAUCAAAUCGAUAGAGAGAGAAAUUAAUUUAAUUUUUGAGCAAAAUGUCCUGAAAAAACAAUUAAUUGCUUAUUGCUCAAAGGUUUCAAAGUUCCUCUUAAAAAGUUGGAAAUAUAUUUACAUAGUGAUCUAAAAGAUAAAUUAAAAAUGACAUUUUCAUAAUUUCAUGUGAGAUUUUGCCAAUAUGUUCCAUAUUUAGUCGUGUCAAUCAUUUUGUAUAAAAAACUGAUCUGAAUACAUAAUAAUUAAGAGUUGAAACAAUUUGAAGCAUGUUGCCAAAAUUUGAAUUGUCUAUUAUUUAUAAUUUGGGUAAUAGAUAAUUAGAGUUUGCUUUCAGGAUAAUUUUAAUAAUAUUGAAGUGUAAUGUUUGAAGAAACUUCCUGUUCUCAUUGUUACCACUACUUUCUAUAUACAAUUACAGUUUUUUACUAUCUUAAGUAGGGUAUGAUUUUAUGUGAAAUUGUAAUUUGUGAUAGACUUCAAACAAGCUAAGAAUUGAUACAUGAUUAAUUUGAGAAUUUUCAUUUGGAGAAGGUAUUUCCUAUUUCACACUAUCAUGAAAUGAUGCAUAACAAGGGGGUUGUUCUUGAUCUACAUUUUUUCUCUCAAUCAGUAGAGUUGUAUUCAUAGUCUUAUAGUAUCUUAUGCAGAAAAUGAAGCUUGUGCUAUUUUACUAUAAUGUUUGUCACAAUUCUUCGGUCAAUUAUUAAAUUUGUCGAUGGUAUUUCAACUAAGGAACCUGAAUCAAAUAACACUUCAUAAUUCUUGAAUGUAUCCAUAGUGCUCAACCAAGUGACCUGAAUCAGUUAACUUUACUAUGCUCAUACGAAUAAUUCUUUCAGUUUGUUGAUGCUGAAUGUGAGUCAUUUUAUUUGGUGUUCUACUUUUAUGUUUCAACCAGAAUUAUGUUGGUGCUAAGGGACUUGUAGUAUUUUGAGGCAGAGGGAAUAUGGCUAGUUACAGAAAUAUUAGGAAAAGAACAUAGAGAAUAAAAUAGUGAUUAUAUUUAUAAUACUGUAUUUGUGUAUAAGUUGUAUGGUAGCAUUGUGAAAGUCGAAAUUUCAUUUAAAAUUAUUAAUUAUGGGAAAUAUUUACAGGUUUAUUAUAUUUUGUCUUUUAUUCUAAAAUGAAUGUAUCUUCUUUUAUGUAGUACGUACCUUUAUACUAAUUGUACGUGUCUUAUAGGAUUGAUAUAAUUUUUUAAUUAUUGUAAAUUUGUGAAUUUAGUGGUUAAUAUAUAACUGCGAAGGUACGUGUUAUUUUUAAAAUGAGGAUUUAAUGCAUUUAUUUAUUUAAAAUGAGAGUAUAGAGGGAUAACCUAUUACAGUUGUGAUGUUUCUUUGUAUAUUUUUGUUUUUGUAACAAUCUCCAUCCUUAAUUUUAUUUAUUCUUCAUUAGUUAAAUACCAAUAUUGAAAUUUCAUUUUUUUUAUAUUUUUAUAUAUUGAUAGGAAUUUUGGCCAAUGGUGUUUUUAUUUAGCAAACAGUUCUAUGUACUUAAUAUAUUCGUUGUCCGAUAAAUGUGAUAGGAAUUAUGGAUCUUAAAACAUUUUUUAUGCUAUUUGGGAAAUUUUAAAUUACAGUCAUAAGGAUGUUUUUGAUAAUGUGCAUUAGCAUUAUCAAAAACAUCCUUAUUUGAAAAACGACACAGAAUGUUGUAACUAUGUGAUUUAUAGCAAGAAAAGUGUAUUGCUCGAGAUCGGUUUUUUAAAGGAAAAUAAGAAUCUACAACUCAACAUAAAAAAAAUUCCUUCUCUCUUUCCUUUUUUCAGUAACAUUCUGGAAUGUUUUUGUAUUUUUAAAAUGCAGUCCGAUAGAUUCUUAGGUUAUUCUUUGGUUCAUUUUACAUAUUUUUUGCGCACAAAUCAGGAAGUUUAACAUCAUAUCAGUAAUAGACUAUUUUGCGUUGAACAUCAUAUCAGUAGUAGACUAUUUUGCGUUAGUUUUUUAUGCUGUGAAACUUUUAGUCAAUCGUACUUAAUCAUGAGUGAGUAUAGCUAAAAAUAUAUAAAAACCAGUAUUAAAUUUAUUAAUGUUAAGUUUUUCAUACAUUUUAUUUAUCGUGUUGGCAACUAUUGUGUUAACAUGCUCAAAAUGAAAGUAAAUGUACAAAUAACAAAUAUGUAUAUUCUACUAAUAUUACAAAUAAAAGUGACUUGUGAGAUGAGCAGGUAAAUUGGGUAUAUUCUCGUAUCAACUUUUUUAAUAAGUUUACUGAUUUAAAAUUUUCUUUACAGAAGAAUUUUCAUGGUAUUGCUGCCGAUUAAUCAAAUUAACUGAGAAAUUAGACAGAAAUGAUUGUAUUCUGGAAUAAUUACCAAUUUUGAUUUAAAAUUAUACAAAAAUAAUCUAAUCGAUUAUGAUAUAUACAAUUUAUACAAAAAGGAGUCUUGUUUUUGGAUAUUUACUUUCCUAACGACAUUUAAAUGGCAGUACAUAAAUAGUUCCUUACUAUGUUCCAGUUACUGUACAUACAUCUGCUCUGCUAUAUGUGGUAGUGUGACUGUUCAUAAUUAUUAUUGUUUGCAUAGUUAUUAGAUAUAUAUAAAAAAAUUCCCAAGAUAGAUUCGGUUUUUUUUGGUCUAAAAAUAAAAUCUAAUUUAAUUGCAAAAAUACCUUAUAUACUACUAUAACUUGUAAUUCUCACAUGAUUUUUUAUUUGUACAUAUUUUCGCCAAAUAUAUUAUUGGUAACAGAGUGUGUCACUCCUUCAUUAUACCUUAUUAUGAUUUGAAAUAGUCAGUUUGGGAACUCAUAAUGUAUAUUGUUAUUAGCUUUUUAAAUUAUAAACUACAUCUGAGUGACUCGUUCUGUAUAAAUUCAAGUACUUUGUUAUUUUCGAGAUUUUUGCUUCAUUUUGGUCAUGUCAAAUGAUAAGAACCUAAUGGUAAAGAAUUUACGCUAUACAGAAACAGAGAAAUAUAAAAUAUUGUAUAUAAGAUUCUAUUUUUAAUUGGAAUAUAUUAUUUUCUUUGAGGA